AGUCCCAGCGCAGAGCGGGAGCUGAGAGGAGGCGGAGAUGGCGUCCCAGCCGCCGCCUCCCCCGAAACCAUGGGAGACCCGCCGGAUUCCGGGGGCCGGGCCGGGGUCAGGACCCGGCACCACUUUCCAAUCUGCUGAUUUGGGUCCUACUUUAUUGACAAGACCUGGACAACCAACACUUACCAGAGUGCCACCGCCUAUUCUUCCAAGGCCAUCCCAGCAGACAGGAAGCAGUAAUGUGAACACUUUCAGACCUGCUUACAGUUCAUUUUCUUCUGGAUAUGGUGCCUAUGGAAAUUCAUUUUAUGGAAGCUAUAGCCCUUAUAGUUAUGGGUAUAAUGGGUUGGGCUAUAACCGCCUUCGUAUAGAUGAUCUUCCACCUAGUAGAUUUGUUCAGCAAGCUGAAGAAAGCAGCAGAGGUGCAUUUCAGUCCAUUGAAAGUAUUGUGCAUGCAUUUGCCUCUGUCAGCAUGAUGAUGGAUGCUACCUUUUCAGCUGUCUAUAACAGUUUCAGGGCUGUAUUGGAUGUAGCAAACCACUUUUCCCGAUUAAAAAUACACUUCACAAAAGUUUUUUCAGCUUUUGCAUUAGUUAGGACUAUAAGGUAUCUUUACAGACGGUUACAAUGGAUGAUAGGUUUAAGAAGAGACUCUGAGAAUGAGGACCUAUGGGCAGAAAGUGAAGGAACUGUGGCUUGCCUUGGUGCUGAGGACAGAGCAACUAACUCAGCAAAAUCUUGGCCAAUAUUCUUGUUCUUUGCUGUUAUCCUUGGUGGUCCUUACCUCAUCUGGAAACUGCUGUCUACUCACAGUGACGAAGUAACAGACAAUACCAACUGGGCAAGUGGUGAGGAUGACCAUGUAGUUGCUAGAGCAGAAUAUGAUUUUGUUGCUGUAUCCGAAGAAGAAAUUUCUUUCCGUGCUGGUGAUAUGCUAAACUUAGCUCUCAAAGAACAGCAACCCAGAGUGCGUGGUUGGCUUCUGGCCAGUCUUGAUGGUCAAACAACAGGACUUAUACCUGCUAAUUAUGUCAAAAUUCUUGGUAAAAGAAGAGGUAGAAAAACAGUGGAAUCCAGUAAAAUUUCCAAGCAGCAACAGUCUUUUACCAACACAACACUAAUUAAAGGAGCAACAGCUGCUGAUUCUUUGGAUGAACAGGAAGCUGCCUUUGAAUCUGUUUUUGUUGAAAGUAAUAAGGUUCCAGUUGCACUUGAUUCCACUGGGAAAAAUGGAGGUAAACAAGAUCUUUGAUAACUUUCAUGUUUACCUGCAGCUGAACUAUACUUCAGAGUACUUUAAAAAAAUUUCUUCUUACAAAGAAAUUAAU